AUGGACUCACCAUACCCGCCUCUCUGUUCCGCGUGUCAACGCAUAUUCGAUCCUGGCUCGUGCUCGUACAUGGUGUAUCAUUCAACAUCACAUCAAGAACGCGAACGUUCGAGGGCAGCAGGAUGCUGGAUUUGUGAUAGUCUUGUCAAUCAACCCAACUUUGAAGGCUUUAACGAAAUUCUGUUCUACACAAUUAAGCGCGAUGGCGAGAACUCCCUUCUGUACAGAAUCACAUUCUAUGGUGACGAACAGCUUCGAGUAUUACCACAACUAAGACAUAGUUUUCUUCAAAUCAUUGCUCGACGGACUGAACUGCCAUCAAGCUUUUUUGACAAUGCGGCGAAAUCCAGGUCAUGUGUCUCGACGGGCCAACCUGAGGUCUUGCAGCUGGCCUUGGACUGGCUCAAAAUCUGUCAAGAGUCCCAUCAUUGUAUGGCCCGACCGACGGAUGGCUGGCAUCCCAGUCGAUUGCUCGAUGUAUCUCGUGACGACUCUGUACGUUUAGUGAUUACAGCGGAUGAGCAAACUGUUGGAAACUACGCCACAUUGAGCUAUUGCUGGGGCAAAGAUCGUUUCCUAACGAUGACACCAAACAAUAUUUCAGAGUUCAAGGCUGGCCGCUCGAUCAAAGACUUCCCUUUAACCUUUCGAGAAGCCUUCACCGUAACAAAAUCCCUCGGAAUCAAAUACUUGUGGAUCGACAGCUACUGUAUAAUGCAAGGAGACAGCAACAUAGCGCGCGAUGACUGGGAUCGUGAAGCACAACAGAUGUGCAGCGUGUAUACCAACUCUUUUCUGAAUAUUGGCUCUGCCCAUUCUGAUGGUCCCAAUGGCGGCCUCUUCCACAAACAUGCUAUAAGCGAUUGGCAAUAUUUCAUCAAGUGGCAGCCAACAAGUGAUGACGAUGAGCUGCUUCUCGAGCUGGAGGUUGACGGACCCAGCUUCAACGAGAUAUAUAACUUUACUUCAAGGAGUUUGAUGAGUUCCGUUAUGUCAACUCGGGCUUGGAUUGUCCAGGAGAUUGUGUUGAGUCCUAGAAUGCUCACUUUCACCGAUGAGCAGCUUUACUGGCAAUGCUCUGAGUCGCACGCCUGCGAAGCAUUCCCACUUCAGACGUCCAACGGUAUUGACCAUACGAGGAGAUGUAGUCCAUUCUGGGUAAUGGAAUCUGGUCGCCAGUACCCUCCUUCUAACAACGGAAGUGCUUCUAUUGAGCUGCGAAGAUUGCGAUCAAGAUGGUUCCAAAUCUUGGAUUUGUACUUCAAAGCGAAAUUAUCAUACCCAGAGAAAGACUUGCUCAAAGCAUUAGACGGUAUAGGACAACGAUUCGCUCAGCUUACUGGCCAAGCUUAUUGGGGUGGAAUAUUGGAAGGCACAUUUCCACAAGCCUUGCUAUGGGAGACACAGACAAACCACCACCGCGACAGCUACUGUGAGCUUGGACCAUCGGGGCUCGCCCCUAGUUGGCAUUGGGCAUCCCAUAAAUCAGCUUCCUAUUUUGAGAACCAAAUGUACGAGCCAGAUCCAACGUCGCAGGAGCUUGUGCUGGCCCACACAUUCUUAUGGGAGGACGGUAUGCCCUUCGAUUCAAAGACUGCAAAAGACGCCGCGCUCAACGUGCAAGGGCCCGCUUUGAUAUGCAUAGGCAGGUUACUAAAGCUUAGAUUAGCAGAUCUCCAUGAAAACGGUCAUUUCCACCCAGGUUUGGUACAAUAUCCAUUUGAUUCCAUCUCAUUCAGCUCCAUCGAUGCGGGGAAGGUCGAUGACUUCAAGAACGCCCGGCUAGGCGAGCUCAAAUUCUUACCUCUCUUGAUGACUUACGGGAAAAUCAUAGAAGGGGUGGUAAUCUGUACCGACAAACACGGGUUCAGCAAACGAGUUGGUUAUGUGAAACUGAUGGGUGAGUCACGAAACGGUGAUGCUUUUCAACGGGAGUUGUUGCAGGAAAAGCCGCGUUUGAUAUUCAUUGAGUGA